AUGUCUACUAAUACAAGCCGCAAGCUGCAUAGGUCUGAUAAUGAAGAAUCGAGUGGUGUUGACCACAGAGGCAGUCCAGCCCGUCUCUCAUUUGGCAAAAAGCAGCUUCCAACUAUUCCCAAAAAUGCAAUCCCUAUCACUAAGCCAUCUUUGGCUACAGCCCCUGUGCAGUCAACAAAUGGCACCCAUGCCUCUUAUGGCCCCUUUUACCUGGAGUAUUCACUAUUGGCAGAAUUUACACUAGUAAUAAAGCAAAAGCUCCCAGGCAUUUAUGUUCAACCAUCCUACAAGUCUGCUUUGAUGUGGUUUGGUGUCAUAUUUAUCAGACAUGGCUUGUACCAGGAUGGUGUCUUCAAAUUCACGGUGUAUAUUCCAGACAACUAUCCUGAUGGAGAAUGCCCUAAAUUGGUGUUUGACAUUCCUGUCUUCCAUCCCCUUGUUGAUCCUGUAUCAGGAGAGCUUGAUGUAAGAAGAGCUUUUACCAAAUGGAGACGGAAUCACAACCAUAUCUGGCAAGUCCUAAUGUAUGCACGUACUAUUUUCUAUAAGAUCAACACAACUGAACCACUUAAUCCAGAGGCUGCUGUUCUAUAUGAAAAAGACGUACAACUUUUCAAAAGCAAAGUUGUGGAAAGCGUAAAACUAUGCAACAGCCAUCUUUUUGACCAGCCCAAAAUAGACGAUCCAUAUGCAAUAAGUUUCUCUCCAUGGAACCCUGCUCUUCAUGAGGAAGCUAAAGAGCGAAUGUUUGCAUAUAAAAGACGGCCUGAGGAGCAGCACAAGGGAGCGCAGGUGUCAGGACUGUCUUGGGUGAAGCCCGGAUCAACUCAACCAUUCAGUAAAGAGGAUAGUCCCUCUCAAAGCUGA